UUCAUCAAGCAAGCGUCAAAUAUUGGAAGUAGAAAUACUUACUUAAACUUUUUAAGUAUUUAGAUAGCUUUUAAUUAACAGCUAAGUUAAUGUGACUAGUGUUAGUGGUUCGUGCCUCCUAUUUGAUUAUUAGAACAUGUUCAGUAUUACAUGACAUUUACUGUAUUACCACUAGUCAAGUCAAACUGAAUAGUUUAAUAUGAAUUCAAAAUUCCUUUUAGGUUAUAUACUUUUCUUUUCAUGUAUGUUUGUUACCGAUGUUUACACCGAUUGUGUCAGUUCGGAAGCAUAUAAUUUUAGUUCCGCACAACUUCAGGUCAUUGUUGAUAGAUUUUCAAAAUGCUCAGAAAAUAAGAUAUUGAAGAAACAGACUUACAACUGUCUAUUGAGUGAACAAGAAGAAUCUCUCAAGAGCAAUUUGGCGCAGACUCGAACCAAACCCACUCAAAGUGAAGUAUGGGGUCUUGGACUGAUGUUUGUAACUGCUAUCAGCUUAUGUUCUCUACUCGGAGUCAGUGUUCUGCCACUCAUGCAGAAGGCUUUCUACAAGCAGAUGUUAACAGCUCUCAUAGGUCUGGCUGUAGGCUCCCUCACCUCCAGUUCGCUGUUCCACCUUAUCCCACAGGCUUUGAACCUGAUGGAUGGGGACGUGGGGCACAGUUAUUUGAGGAUAUCUCUCAUGAUGUGGUCUGGAAUUUGGGUCUUCUUCAUGAUUGAACGAAUCAUGAAAGUCAUCAAUGAUGAGCGAGCUAGACGCAGCAAGAAGGAGCCCGGUAGCACUGCUUUACGUAGCCCUGAUCUCCCAUCAGACAAUCCCAUCUACGAGUGCCAAGAGCAAGCCAUCAAAGCUUCAUUUGGUCAUCAACAGAAACCAAAACAUUGCCACGGUACAGAUCAUGUGCUGGGCUUCCAAAAGAACUCAGACAAUGUGAUCGCUACAGUCGCGUGGAUGGUUAUAUUUGGAGAUGGAAUACACAACUUCAUUGAUGGACUGUCAAUCGGAGCUGCGUUCAAUGAGAGCAUACUAACCGGGAUCAGUAUCAGCGUAGCUGUCAUGUGUGAAGAGUUUCCUCACGAGUUGGGUGAUUUUGCUGUGCUUCUCAACGCUGGCAUGACUAUGCGUCAGGCCUUGCUUUACAACUUCCUGUCAGCCUGCACCUGCUAUCUUGGUCUCUUCGUAGGAAUUCUGUUGGGAGAAGUCGAAGCCAGUGUCUAUAUAUUCGGCUUUGCAGCAGGAAUGUUCCUUUAUAUUGCAUUAGUAGAUAUGGUUCCUGAGAUGAAUGAGGUGGCUGAGGAGGCCAGUAAGAAGAGUGUAGGUAGUGCCCUUUGGACCCUGCUAUUGCAGAACCUAGGGAUGGGGACUGGCGUGCUAGUACUUUACCUACUUGCCCGCUACCAAGACUAUAUAGACUUUACAUAGUCCCCAUAGUAACUAGCAUAGUUUACUUUUGUCAUAGACUGUGUACGAUUUAUGUUUUAUAAUUCAAUGAGGUAAUAAUUACUUAUCCUAAGGUAUUAGUAAAAAAUCUCAGUUUUAUAACAUUUGUUUGUAACAUUGUGUAAGGGGUUUUAAAUAGAAUCAAAAAUGGACAAACAGUUGACUUUAAGUCACUGUAGUUUAAAUUUGUAUAGUACGGUUUGUAUUUAACUGUAAACUUGGACUAAUUUAGCUACUCUCAUAAAAAAAAUUAAAAAAGAAAAUAUUGAUAGAAGUUACAGUGUUAAACACUAAGAUAAAACGUUUAAAAUAAUUAAAUAGUUUUGCAUGAAAAAAUUUUAUUUAGUUAAUUGUUAUGUUAGCCUCUUUGUUGUAGUAGUAUUCUUUAUAGUUGUUUUCCCAUAGUAUUUGUUCUUUUAAUUAUGUUAUUUUUAUAGUUUUUGGUUGAAAUAUGUUUAUAUUGGAUUUUAUUACUUUGAUUUGUUUAUCAAUGUUUGAUUACUAAUGCUUGUUAUGUAAUUUAGACAAAAUAUGCUUUUAUAUAAAUUAGGAACUCCCACUAUUAGUUGUUCUUCUAUUAGUUCUUCUUCUAAAAGUUGUACACCUCUCGUAUUCAAACUAGCUUUUUAUCAUUUUUAAAAACUACAUGGUUAAACGGUUUUUUUUUAUUUUUGAGGAGUGGAAUUUUAUUUCAAAUCAUAAAAUAAAAGUUUGGUUCACAUACAGUCAAGAUUUUCAGAUACUCAAAACCUGAUAAUUUUAUAGAUCAGUAAAAAAUAAAAAUCGCCAAAUUAGACAAAUGUUGAUUAUUAAUUUGUUUGUUAGGUAGUCCUAACUAAUGCCAAAUGGCAUUUCUAAACGGUAAAAAAAAAUUAUAGGGCCUAAGCACAUUUCUGCAGAACAGUAUAUUUAAUCUAUAGUUGUCAUCAAUUAAACAUUUGAAAGUUCAUUGCAGAAAACUUUGUUUAUCAAAACAUACUGGUAGAAGUGGUAGUGUUGUUCUAAAUAUGCACUAAAUCAACAAAGCUCUUUUUCCCGAUAAGUAAAUUAUUACAUUCCCAUGAUUGCUUACAAGCACUACGGUAUAUAUUUUAUAAGGUUAGAGAAUGAUAAUCCCAGCUAAAGAAGUGCCAUAUAAAACUGAGAUCCCUGUACUUACUUACUGUGUCUAGUACUUAAGACUGAGCAUUUUACAUAAGACAUAUUUAACUUGCAUUUAGAAAACUUCAGUUCCCCUUCAAUUUAAUCAACAGUAAAUAUUGUAGUAUACAUACAUAUAAUUUGUAAUCGUUCAAAUUAUAAACAAGUUUUUAAGUGUUUAAAGGUUUAUCAGGAAUAUGUUUUUUGGACUCUAGUUUAUUUAACUGUACAAAUUGUAUCUGCUAAAUAUCAGUAUUGACACUAAAAGUAAUUUUGCCCAUACUAGGUAUAUAAACAUAACACCAAUUAGCAAUUACUCGUCAAAGGAUCAGUAAUGUGAAUAGAACAAUGAUUGUUCUUAUAGUACUAAUUAACACCCCACCGAUCAGCCAGUUAUUUGAAACUUUAAAGUUUACCUAACAUUUGACAACUAAAGAAACUUGUAUUAUAAUAAUCAUAAUCAUAAUUUAUUGUCAUUCGGCAUUUACAAUCACGCAAUAAACAUAGUCAGGUACUGUAAUUUUUUCAGACAUAAUUCUUAGGCUUGCUAUAAAUUAUUUAAACUUUACAGUACUAAGCAAGCAGUAGGCCUUAAGAGAUAAUAAACACGCAUGCAAAGACUAAGAAAAGAUAAUUAAGUACAGAACAGUAAAUUUAAUAAUUUAAUUUACAGAAUUAUAAAUAAUAAUAAUUAGGCUACAUAAUAAAUAUUCAACCUUAUCAAAAUAAUAUUAAGUACCGGUAUAGAAUUAAAGAAAAAAUGUGUCUAAUCGCAGAGAAGUAAGAAACAGAAUGGUACACUUAACUGAUGUUUAGCACCAGUGGCUGGUGUCUAGAGCAAAUGGUAUCCGUUGUCCUCUCCUGCUCUCCUUUCCCCCUCGCCAUUACGUACUACAGUACUCACACUGUAGGAAGAUCCUGUGUGCUACAACUGCUGUACAACAAUGCUAUGUGGCCAUCACCAUUCGGGCUCUUACUUGCUCGGUAUAAGUACAUUUCUGCCCCAACAUACCAGAGCUAAAAGUACGGUUGUCCCAUAAGCUUGUAUCCUCUGUAUCUUACUUCUCUGUGGUCUAAUUUUUCAACAGUAUUCAGCAGGAAUUUAGUGUUUCUAAUAACAACAAACUUAAAAUGUUUAUUUACAUUAUAAAUUGUAAAUUUUAGGAAAAUAACUGGAUUUGAAAUAUAAAUAGGGCCAAGAGAUCAUUGCCAAAAUCAAAAUACACAAUUUAAUUUAAGUUUAUGGGGUUUAUCACCUCAACUUUAGUCUAAGAAUGAUGAUUUGUUGUGAAAAAGAUAACAAAUAAUUGAAUACCAUUUAAUACAAUUCCUACAUGAUACAUUAAUUUGUAUGCAUGCCUAACUACUUUAAUUCUCUACUUAAUUAUUCCAUUACAAUUGUUUGUGCCAUUUGUGUGUAAUUUGUACACAACAGGUUUUACUUUACUUGCUGACGAACAAGGAAACAUUUAUGAAUGGCACUUAAUUACUAAAAUAACAAAAAUCAACUCUUUCAUUUAAACAUCAAUGUUAGUUGUGCCACUCAUGAAUACCAAUACAGUAGAUUCCCUCUAAUCCGGACACCUUUUAACCAGACAUCGGUUUAACCGGACAAUUGUUAUCAGCACAUUGGUUUAACCGGACUAGAUCGGCAGGGAGUGGCGUGGUACUGAAACUACUGUUCUCGUGGAAAAUAUUUGAGACCAGUGAUCACGUGUCCAAAUACAAUGCUCUCCUAAAUUUAAGUUGAGAAUAUCACAGUAUAUAAUAUAACUGUAUAUAAUAUAACAGAAUAUAACUGUCCAUUUUAACGAGUUUUUUGGGACGUCGGUUUUACCGGAAAACCCGUUAUCCGGACUGGCCUCGGUCCCGAGGAUUCCGGAUAAGAGGAAGUCUACUGUAUUUACUAAAUAGACAAGAAACACAAUCUGUACUUUUAAUAAGUUGUACAGGUCUUGCUUUAAAAAAAAAACAAGUAGUUUAAAUUAGUAACAGUAUACUCUGUUUGUAGUUAACUACUAGUUUUAUAUAGCAUCUACUCAAAAUAAUUUUUGCCUUAAGCAACCUCGUUUCUAAUCCUGUGUGUUUUUUUCAGUAUUUUUAUUUUGUUUUAGUUUCAACAUUAGUUACUUAAAUAGGUAUUAGGAGUAUGCCAAAGGUAUUCUUCCGAUGUAACUACUGUGAAUCUUUUCCUAUAGCUGUAUCAAAUACUGUUAAAUUAAUUUUAUACAUUAUUGUGAUAGCCAUAUGAUAUUUUUAACUGAAUUAUAUUUCUUGUAAAAUUACAAAUCUACUUAAUUAUAAAUGUAAUAGAUUUUAUUUAUGUAAAAAAAAACAUUUCUUUGUUAAACU